AUGUCGCUUCCUCAUGCCCAUAUCGUGAAUGCCGGUGCCCUCGCGCCCCCGGUCCACAGUCUUCUCCAGGACGACGACGACGACCUCGACGACAUCUGCCCGGUGUGCGAGAGCGAGUGCACGUGCCCCAAAAAGGCGACCGUCCCCGCCGCUCCCCUUCCUUCUGCGCCCUCUACGACUUCUUUUACGCCCUCGGCAGCCCAUACACCCGCCGCAGGCAAGCGUCCGCUCAAGAUCAAAUUCACAGUGCCUCCCAAUCUCAAGUCGCGUCCCAAGCCGCCCACGACUCCUACCCACUCAGGCGCCCGUCUCGGUCCCGUCCCUCACGAUGCCGGUCCCUCCACCGCAAAACUCGUCGGCACCGUCGGGCCCCAAUCCAAGCGGCGUGGUCGCCCGCCGAAAGCCCUGUCCGCAAAAAACGGCACGAAGAAGAAAGCGGCUGCGGACGAUUCGGAGUACAAGGCCAGAGGCACGACAGGAAUCUCGCACCUCGUUCGCAAACCCCACCAGCCUCCUGCUCCGGCCCCAAGCUCGUCUCUCGCUGAUUUAAGCGACAGCACGCUUUCGGACUACCCGACAUUUGUCCCUGCCGCUAGUAACUCUGCUCGAUCUAGCUCGUCCGAGUCCCCCGAUUCUUCGAUCGACUCUGACUCUGAGCCGGACGACCAGUUCUUCGCACACAAGGACGACGUACGGCACUCUACAAAACUUUUACCUAGCCAUGUUGGCCACAAAAAGCCGCUAAAAGGAGGAGGAAAGUGGGAGAUCAAACCGCGUAAAAAGUCGGUCGGAGCAGAUGAAGAGGAUGAUGAGGACUCGACCGACAGCGGUGAGUCCGAUGCUUCUUCCGAGGAUGGUGACGAUGAAGAGGACGACGACGACGAUGACGUGGAUGCGGAUGCGGAGGCCGACGUUGAGGGUGGUGGGAUGGUGGAUGCCGAUCUGGACGACGACGAAGCCGAUGGUCGUAUUGGGAUCUCGUUCCCUGGGACGGGCUGGAGCGACGACGACGAGGAAUCCUCCUUCGACGCGGAUCUCUUCUUUGCCAACUUGGACUCUGACUCUGGUGCGUCCUCACCUGAGGCGCACUAUGCCGAUCUGCGGGCUUUUCCUGGUGACAGUGCCGAGCAUAUCACCAAUUUCUCUGCCGAUGAAGAGGAUGCACUACUGCUCAUGGAUCUCGAUCCGUCCGUGCAACUCCGCCGCGGGGAAGGCGAGUUCGAAAUCGGUGUUGAUUUGGACAACCUGUUCGGAUGGGAUGGCCCGCUCUUCUUCUCUAGCCAUCGCUCAGGUGACUCCUUUGGACUUGCUGUUGGUAUGCAGGCCGCGGAUCAAGAUGAAGACAUGGCCUCUGUCUCUGGUUCGGAAGCAACUUCAUCCAACACGGGCACCGUUGUCAUGCUGGACAGUGACGGAGAUACUACUGAGGACGAGCUCGUGGACUCAGACGGCCUGCCGAAUCCCCGCGCGAUGAUGCUGUUCCAGUGGCCGAGCACAAUUUCCGCCAUCAAUCCCAUGUCCACUGUCAGUCCGUCUGAUGACCCUCCCACACACGCAUCACCAAGCACACGCAUUGCCCUUGCUUCCAUAUCAUCCCAAGCCCAAUCUCAUCCACCGGCAACCCCGCGUCCUGCAGACAUUCUCGCGGGUAGGGUUUCCAUGGACGACCUGGAAGACAUAGAGAUGGAGAAGGCGGAGAAGAAGACUGUGGUCCGCGUGAGGAGGAGACGAGGGAGCUACGUUCCGGUCAUGGGCAACUUUGUAGUCGACGACGUUCAUGCCACUGUCCGCACCGCGAUCGUCAGCCCAGGCAACGAGGUCCCAAGUUUUUACCCUCGUCCGAUCCGGAUUGCGCGACCUACCGAGCCCAGUUCAGCACAAAUCCCUCCGUCAGAAGUGAGCAUUUGUCUCACAAUGUCUACCAUGGGCCCUCCCCAGCCCACAGAAUCAUCCGAAGAGGUUCACGAGCCAUCUCAGCAAUCGUAUGCCUCUGAUGCUUCGACCGAGGCUAUCGAACUCGACGACGUGCUCGAUUCGUCGCUCCUCGACUCGGAACCAUCCUUCCAGGAGGACACAGACAUCGGCGAUGUUACGUCACCGUCAAGCCCCGUCAAGUCCACAGACAGUCCGCAUAUGCACAACUUGUCCAGAUGGGACCGUAUUCCUCUGGCGACUUUCCGUCGGACCCGCGAGAGUGCUACCGCUUCCGGGGUCGACGGUGGGACUUCUGAUGCCGGCAUGGGCGCAUUCCCAUAUCGCGGGAUAGGGUCAAUGAUGGGCGGGAUGUCUCUCUUCACUCCACCUCGACCGCUCGGGCUGGACAAGAUGUCUCGCGCGUCAGCGCGGAAGAAGAAAGGUCGUCACUCGCACGGAUCGUCCCCGACGCUCCUUCCCACACGAGAUGGUGUUCUUGGCUCGCCAUUCGUACCCGCUUCUGGGUCGAGUUCGUCGCACAACGGUCAGAGCAGUCGGUCGAAGAAGGAUAUGAAGCGGGAGAAGGCCAUGAUGAAGAAGAAGAUGGCCCCCAAGUCAUCGCAGCAUAGGUGCCAGCCCCAGCGUGGGCACAACCACCACCCAAACCACAAAAGCAGAGCGACGAACGCUGUUCAGCGUACUGGUUUUUCGUCCGGUGCAGGCUCGUCGAUCCCUUCGCUUUCGAUUUAG